CGUUUCUUGCGUUCCCUUCUCUCCCCACAAAUUUCCGCUACCUACUGUGCGAGCUAUCCCAUGUUCCCAUCCCAGUCAUAGCGCACUUCCCUUCUUUUUCAAUAAAAAGCCCACCAGAAAGAGGACUCCAAUAACCAAGAUUCUUUCUGGAAUCCGCCCCUCAAAUUCUCUCUGUGAUCAAUUUCAGUUUCCUACUUUUCAAAUUUUUUGGCGCCAAAGCUAUGAAACUCGACAAAUUGGACGUCGAUAAUGGCACGGUUGUUGAAGCGUCAUCUCCAGAUAAUCUGCCGCCUCGGGUUAGGUUUCCACCGAUCGGAGCUGAGGCCGAGAAAGACCGAGAAGGUGAAGACCUGUUUGUGCCGCCUCUAAACUUUGCGAUGGUCGAUAUUGGAAUCUUCAGGUCUGGUUUCCCUGACUCUGCUAACUUCGGAUUCUUGCAAUCCCUAGGUCUCCGUUCGAUUAUAUACUUGUGCCCCGAAUCAUAUCCAGACGCGAAUUAUGAGUUUUUGAAGGCCAACGGGAUUACGCUUUUUCAAUUCGGAAUUGAAAUGUGCAAGGAGCCUUUCGUGAACAUUCCGGAUCAAACCAUCCGCGAUGCAUUAAAAGUUGCACUUGAUGUAAGAAACCACCCUGUCCUAAUUCAUUGCAAGAGAGGGAAGCACCGAACUGGUUGCCUUGUGGGGUGCUUGAGAAAGUUGCAAAGAUGGUGCCUUACAUCAAUAUUUGAUGAAUACCAGAGGUUUGCUGCCGCGAAAACUAGAGUUUCAGAUCAGAGGUUUAUAGAGUUGUUUGAUAUUUCGAGCUUGAAGAAUACGCCAAUGACAUUUUCAUGCUCGAGGAGAUUGCAGUACCUAAGCUAAUAGGUUAGUGGUGGCGUGUUACUUUGUUAUUUUCCCUUUUAUUUUAGAAGCCCUCUCUCCCUCUGGGAGGGAAGGUGGAUACAUUACUUUGCAGGUGGCAGGUGGCAGGUGGCAGGUGCCAUUACCAAAGAAUCAUAUAUAUAUAUAUAUAUAUAUGUAAAGUGCUCAUUUUGUUACCGGGCAUCGUAUACUCUUACAAUGCAAUGCCAGCUGGACCUAUGCUUCUGCUUGUGGAACAGUGAAUUACUAUUAUUAUUUAUCAAUUGAAAAGCAUUGUUAUGUGUUGUCACGUA